GCGUCUGUUCAGUAAAAACAAAAUGUGACGUGGCUAAUCCUGGUGGACAAAAAGCAGCAGAAAACGUGACAUGGUUAGACUGUUUACUGGGAAACAAAAAGGCGUUUAACGUGCGGAAAGAGAAGUGCAACCCGAAAUAAAGAAGAUAAAUCUUGCUUGUUGCUUUGGGGAAGGAAAGUGUUGGCAGACCGGAAAGGCAUGUACUGAGACAUUAAGAUGUCAGACAGCGAAGGUGCAGCCGUGGAGGGUCCAGAGGUGGCACCAGAGAGUCAGGACGUCUCACCUGCCCAAACGCCUGACAGCCCCUCGGCGACCACGCCUGAGAACUCGACUGAUGUGGCCCCAACGAGGAAAGCCAGGAGGAGACCGGACAUCAAACCUGUGGCCGCGGUUGAGGAGAUACCGAAAGUAGAGGAGCAGCCGGCAAAGACACCCACUGAGUCCACUGUGUCUCAGGGUGGUUGGGGAUACUGGGGCAGCUGGGGCAAAUCCAUCUUAUCCACAGCGACAGCUACUGUGGCCACUGUGGGCCAAGGGCUUACUCAGGUGAUAGAGAAGGCGGAGACAUCUCUGGGAAUCCCCAGUCCGACUGAUCUCUCAGCACAAGUUGAGGAAGAGCAGAAAGGGCAGGGUGAAGCCAGCAGUGAGACCGACAAAGCGGCAGGAGAUGGACCGGCGGCGGUGGGAAGUGCGAUGGGGAUGCUGACGUCGCUCACCAGCGUGGUGCAGAGCACAGGGAAGACGGUAAUAACAGGCGGUCUGGAUGCUCUUGAGUUCAUCGGGAAGAAGACGAUGGAUGUGAUAGCAGAAGGUGACCCCGGUUUUAAGAAGACCAAAGGACUGAUGAUCAGGAACUCAACUCUGUCUCAGGUGUUGAGGGAGGCGAAGGAGCGAGAGGAGCUGCAGACAGCAGAGAAAGAGUCAGAUUCAGAGAAGAAGGUGGUCGCUCACUACGGGAUGCUGUUUGAUGAAUUUCAGGGUCUGUCACACCUCGAGGCACUGGAGAUUCUGUCUCGAGAGAGCGAGUCUAAAGUCAAGUCGGUGUUGACCACUCUAUCAGGAGAUGAGCUGACUCAGCUCAGAGAAGAGCUGGAGCUCAUUAAGGACUCUUUCUCCCUGGUGGAGUUUGAUGAUGAGGAAGUGGACGAGAAGAAAGAUGAAGACGGCUCAGAGUUUGAGAGGGAGAUAACGGAGGCCUUGGAGGGUCUCAGUGUCACUGCCACAGUUGACAAGCUCAGCAAGGCCUGUAAGAGCACCUGCAGCCAGAUCACUGACAUUGGCAAACCAGGGAACAGAGAGCAAGAGAGCGAGGAGGAUGUAAAGAAAACACUUUCUGUAGAGGAGGUUCAUGCUGCAGCCAUCAGGAGUCUGGCGGAGCUCACGGCUCGAUCCAUCGAGCUUUUCCACAAACUGGCUGAGAUGAUCCUCUUCUCCAACGGCAGCACAGAGGCCAGCGUUCUGUCACAGUUAACUGUUGUCCUUUGUAAAGAAAUCUCACUGCUUUCCAAGAGGUUCACCUCCUGUUUAACAACAGCAGGGUCAAACGAGAAGGGAGAUGUCCUCAACCCACUGAUAACAGGAGUGUUUUUAGAGGCGUCCAACAGCGCAUCCUACAUCCAGGAUGCUUUCCAGCUGCUGAUGCCCAUACUGGAGAUCUCCCACAUCCAGAGGAGAGCAGAGUCUGCAGAGCAGUGAGCAGCUGGCAUCACCUCUGCUCUCCACCGCUACCAUGCCGCUGGGACUGUCUCAGCGGAGGACUGACACGUCUUUAAAACAAAUUUGUAAAAAUCGCCUGCGUCAGCUCUUAUUCUGUCUGAUUUUUAGCUCAGGACAAGUCAAUUUCACGCCUGGAAGGAGAUGUGUGUUUUUUUGUCAAACAGUGUUAACUUUUUCUGCAUUGCUGGUUUAAUCGUAAAGCCCAGUAGAUGGACUCAUUCAGGUAGUGCUGAGAAGGUCUGGAUCUACCAGCUAAGGGGAACAAAUGCAUCUGUGUUAAACAUAGAGCAACUUAUUGUUCUUCCUUUUAUUCUAACAUGUACACUACUCUUUUUCUGACAGCACUUCCAGAAUGGAAACACCAGUGGUAAUUCGUUAAAAAAGUGUUUCAUAAUAAAUACUAAGAUGUAUUGAUAAUGUAUUUUUCUCUUGUAAUACUUGAGAAUUGUUUUUCUAUGCAUAUCUCUUUAAAACUGCUGUGCAACAUAUCGCUGGUCCUGGAGCAGUUAGUGGCUAAAAGUGUCUUGACAAUGACAUGUAUUAAACAGUGUUAGGAUUUAAACAUGUUAUUCUCUGUAGCCACCGGGCCAGUGUUUGUAUGGCAAACUGUGUUCUAGCUGACUCAAGAAGCCUCGAAUCCCCAGCACGCAGAUUAUUGUUUCUGUAGUUUUUGGCAACCUUGGUAUUGUCCUCAGAUCAUGAGCAGCACUGGAGAUCUAUAGUGUUCAUUAGAGGGAAGAGGCUUUAUUACCAUGCUUGUAUUUUGACUUUGGUGCUCUGUAUACUCACUAAUUUUACAAACAAAUAUCAGCUUUACAUAAGUGUUUUCUGCCACCUUGCAAACACUUGGCAUCCUCACAUGUUUCAGCAGCUCUCCAUAUUCAGAUAACGUUCUACUUUUUUCUCUAUAGCCAGAAUUGACUCCAGUUCCACUUGAAUCAGAACACUACUUUCUUACUUAAUACUUAUUCGCACAAACAUUCAAAUGUCAAGUUUUGACCUGAUAAAAUAUGCCUUUAAAAAGUUUGUGUCUGAAAAUUCUAAGGACAUAGCAUUUUGCUGAAAAACUUGAAACACAUUCUCAAUUUGUUCAUGAAGACUUGGAACUUGACUUGGAUUAGCUCUCCAAAAAAAGAGUUUAAAAACAGCUCUGGUGAAUCUGUAAACCCAAACAGCUCAGAUCUGUAUUUUAACAUUUUUUACUUUUAGUUGAGUGAACUAAGUGAUAAAGUAUUGCUUUUUUUAAGCCGAUGACACCACGUUAUACCAAAAGUUACAUUAUCAUCCCUAACAGCUUCCUCUUUACCCUCUAUCCCUUAGAAGAGAUGUUAUCUCAAGAGAAAUACCCUGUUUCAUCCACAGCUCUGUUUUCUCUUUAUUCCCCAGUUUGAGAAAUAUACAGAUUGUACAUUUAAUUCAGCAAAAGCUUGUCCCCCUCUGUAUUGUCACCUCUUUCAUUACUCCAGAAACUCCAGGUGUUUAUUAAUCAACAGCUUCUAUCUGCCAUGAAGAUAGUCCUCUUGUAGACAGUUACUUUGAGUUGAAUUGCGUUCUCUGAUAUUGAACUGCUAACAGCUGCGUGUUGUGGGCAUGUCAAGUGGUAUUCUUUUAAGCAACAUACUGUACUGUGUAACAGGUAUUCGAGAUGAUUUUUAAAUAAAUGUGCUUUCAUAUAGG